UUUGCGCAACACUGCUAUUUAUGUAACAGCAUAAAAAAAGUCGAUGUGGUCUGAAAUUUCGGUUCAUCUAUUAUUCUUUAUUGCCUGCCAUUCACUUCACAACCGUAAAUCAUGGAAAACCAUCAAACAAGACUCUUCCAAAUUGUGAACUGGGAUCUUUUCCCAGCAAUAAUCUGGUUCAAUCUGGCAUAUUUAGUGGCCGAUUUAUCAACGGUUUGUUGCAUUCUUAUGGUCGGGGCCGGACUUUCCCAAUUGACCCGCAUCUACUACAAUUCUCUUUCGAUCGAACCGAAAGAACGAGCUGUUGUAAUCACCGGAUGUGAUUCCGGUUUCGGACAUCAGUUGGCAGAAAAAUUACACGCCAUGAAUUUCUAUGUCUUUGCUUGUUGCUUGGAUGAAACAAGUAAAGGAUCUUUAAGUUUGAAAAGCAACGGUAAAAGGACCGGACGAAUGCACGUCGUUCACAUGGACGUGAAUAUUCAAAAAGAUGUCGACGAAGCUCGUGAAUAUGUGGAAAACCACCUUCCAAUAAUGGGUCUCUGGGGUAUCGUUAACAAUGCUGAUCGAUACGAUGUGGGAUUCUUGGAAUGGCUCCCGGUUGAAACAUACAAAACGCUCGCAUCGGUCAAUUUGUUUGGCGCAAUACGCGUGACGAAAGCCUUUUUGCCGCUAGUCCGCCAGAACCAAGGAAGAAUAAUCAAUGUGUCAUCAAUAUUGGGUCGUGUUGCGGCACCGUUCAUGGGUGCCUAUUGCAUCACCAAGCACGGGCUUGAGGCUUUCUCGGAUGUCCUUCGUCUCGAAAUGAAACCCUUCAAAGUUCAGGUAAGCACGAUUGAACCAGGUAAUUACUUCUCAUCGGCCAACAGCAAUUCCUGCAAAGACGAUUUGGUUCUGAUGGCACGUCACAUGUGGGACAAAUUGGACGAGUCGCUUCAGAAAGACUAUGAGAGAGACAGUUUAGAGAGACAAGUUCGGAUCGGUGAAAUUCUCCUCGAUUUAUCGAAAAGAGAUGGCAGUUUCGUUAUUAACGCUAUGACAGAAGCACUUUACAGAGAACAUCCCAAAAACCGCUACUUGGAAACCUCGAUGCUCGACAAACUUCUGACCGUGAUGAUUCAAUAUUUGCCCACUUCGUUUGUUGACCGUCUGCGACUGAUCUUUCACGCACAGCUACUCACUAUCAAUCAUUAAUCUUCGCUUUGCCAUUACACAUAGCAAUUUCAUAUCCCAUAACAAGUUUUGAUUAUCUUUUUUUCUGUUUGAUUCAAUUAAAAGUAUUGCGCUUAAACAGUCCGCUAACACCAGUGCAACAAAAUUGUCUAGGCUAUUCGUAAUGUGUAGUGUAUAUAUAGAGGAGAAUUCGGUGGAAUUGGUUCAUUGUAGGUUCGUUCUUCGUGGGUAUAGACGGUACCACCUCUCGAGUAUUAAGACAAAAUUCAAGUGAAGAACAUGCUCCUUGUUAGAUUUUUUAAAUGGCAGUUUGGACCAGCUAUAAUUUGUUUAAAUGUAGCUUUUUCAAUAGCAGAUAGAUUUCCAAUGUUGUGCGUUUUCAUCGGCGGCGUUGGAUUAACCCAAGUGGUCCUAUUCUUCUACCAAACUGUCUCCAUCUCGCCUAAAGAUCGAGCUGUCCUAAUCACCGGCUGUGAUUCCGGCUUCGGACAUUUAUUAGCUGAGAGAUUGCAUGCCAUGAAGUUCAC